AUGGAUCCAUCUGAUCCCGAUUUCAAGUAUUUGGGUGUUGACAGGAAGCAGUUGCUCAAAGAACAAGCGUCUUUCGAUUCGAAAAAUGUGAUCUGGGUUGAAGAUGAGAAAGAGGGAUAUGUGUUGGCCGAUGUUGUCGAGACCUCGGGAGAUACAAUCACCGUGAAACUGAAGGAUGCCACGGAGAAGAAAGUGAAGAAAGAUGAUGCCCAGUUGGUCAACCCGCCUAAAUUCUUCCUCAUUGAAGAUAUGGCCAACCUGACUCAUCUGAAUGAUGCCUCGGUUUUGGAGAACUUGCGAGCCCGAUACUAUCGUCAACUGAUCUAUACUUAUUCCGGUCUGUUCUGUGUUGCGGUUAACCCGUACAAACGAUUCCCAAUUUACACGGCCUCAGUGGCUAUGAAAUAC